AUGGUGCUGCCGCUGCCGUUGUCACUGCUCUCCGCGGUGCUGGCUGCCGCGGGCGGCGCCUCCGCGGCCGUCACCUCCGCCGCGGCAACAGGCCCCGACUUCUCCGUGACGACGGGCAACCUGUCGACGUGGAACCAGAGCGACUGGUCCAUCACGGCGCACCAGUUCGUCCCGGGCCACUACCAGUCGCGCCUCGGCCUGUCCAACGGCUACGUCGGCGCGUCCGUCGCCGCCGCGGGGCCCUUCUUCGAGAUCGACGUCAACCAGACGGAUCGCGACGGCCUGCAGCCCACCAACGGCUGGCCGCUCUUCAACCCGCGCAUUGCCUUUUCCACCAUCUCGGGCUUCUACAAUAUCCAGAAGAACGCCUCGGGUACCAAUUACCCCUGGCUGACCCAGUAUGGCUGGGAUUCCUUCAUCGCCGGCAUCCCGCACCCGACGGCCAUUGUCUUUGGCUUUGGCGACGAGUGGCUCGAUGCAGAUGUGAACAACGAGACGGUCUCGAAUUUCCGGCAGCGGCUGUCCAUGAGGGAAGGCGUCGCUGAGUGGUCGUACACGUGGAGCCCCAAGAAUGCGUCGGCGUCGUUUGACGUCACCUUUGCCCUCAUCUUCAGCAGGGUGCGACCCAAUGUCGUCGCCUCCAAGGCCACGAUCCGCGCGUCCAAGGACAUCAAUGGCACGGCGACGGACCUGCUUGACGGGCGCAGCGCCGUCCGCAGCUAUCUGGACCAAAAGGGCGUCGUCUCCAACGGCAGCAACCCGAGCGUGUACGCCGCGGUCCACCCAGACGGACUAGCCAACGUCACGGGCUGGGUCGUCUCCAUGUCCGACUUUGCAUCGUCCGGACGUGGACGGGAGGCGAGCGGCAAGUAUCUCGGAGCCAACGAGACGACCGUCGGGCAGACAUUCGACAUACGCCUCAAGGCCGACCAGGAAGCCGUCUUUUACAAGUACGUCGGCGUCGCGUCAACGGACAAGUUCGAAAAGGCCGAGAGCGUUGCGCGACAGGCGGCGAGCAAGGCCAAGAAGGACGGCUGGGAAAAGCUGCGCGACGAGCACACCGCAGCGUGGGCCGAGCUCAUGACGGAGCACGCAGUCGACAACUUCACAGACCCGGCGACAGGCGAACUGCCAGACGAUAGCAACGUCCAGAUCCUGCAGGUGGCGAGCGCGGCGAGCACGUUUUAUCUACUGCAGAACCUGCGGCCCGAGGACGGCAGCGGGCUCAACGACAACUCUGUCGCCGUCGGCGGGCUCACGUCGGACUCGUACGCGGGUCUCAUCUUCUGGGACGCGGAUACGUGGAUGGCGCCGGGGCUCAACAUUGCGUUCCCCAAGUACGCGCAGCAGAUUGCCAACUUCCGCGUCAAGCAGCACGCGCAGGCCAUCGACAACGCCGUCUUCAACGGCUACGCCAACGACAGCUCGCUGUACUCGUGGACGGCGGGCCGGUACGGCAACUGCACGGCGACAGGGCCCUGCGUCGACUACGAGUACCACCUCAACUACGACAUUGCCUUCAACAUGCUGCAGCUGCUGAACGUGACACGCAACGACACGUGGUUCGCCGACGGGCCGGAGCAGGUCGUCCUUAGCACCGCGUACAUGACGGCCAGCCUGGUGCAGUGGAACGAGACGGAGAAGCGCUACUGGCUGCGUAACGCCACGGACCCGGACGAGUAUGCCAACAAUGUCGAUAACCCGUCGUUCACGCUUGCGUCCGCGAGCGAGCUGCUGAGACGGGCGAACGAGAUGCUCGUGCGUCAGGGCAAGGCGGCCAACGAGACGUGGGCUGAGAUGGCUGAGAAGAUGGCGUUCCCGCGGGCAGAGUCCAACAUUACGCUCGAGUACCAGACCAUGAACAACUCUGUCGAGGUGAAGCAGGCCGAUGUGGUGCUGGUGACGUAUCCACUGGGCUACGGCUACAACUACACGCCCGAUAAUGCCCUCCUCGACCUGGACUACUACUCGAUCAAGCAGUCGCCAGAUGGCCCAGCCAUGACUUUCUCCGCCUUUGCCGCCGCCGCCAACGAAGUGUCACCCUCGGGCUGCGCCGCCUACACCUACACGCUCAAGGGGUUCCUCCCAUACCUGCGAGGCCCGUGGUACCAGUUCUCGGAGCAGCAGAUCGACGACCCGACCAUCAACGGCGGCACCAACCCCGCGUUCCCGUUCCUGACGGGCCACGGCGGCGCCAUGCAAAUCGCGCCGUUUACCUUCCUCGGCCUGCGCACCGACCAGGACGUCCUGUACGUCGCGCCAUCGCUGCCGCCGCAGCUCCCGCACCUGCGUCUCCGGCGCUUCUUCUUCGCCGGCGCGGCCUUUGACGCCGUCCUCAAUACGACGCACACGAAGUUGACGCGCGUGCCGAUCCCUGCCAACGCCGGGAACCUCAACAGCACGGGCUACGCGGGCAAGGCGAUGCCCUUCAUCGCGGGCACACCGGGCAACGAGACGGGCAACGAGCAGUAUACCAUUGCCGUCAACCAGACGGUCGUGGUACCCAACCGACUGUACUGGCAAAAGGCCACCCGCGAGGGCAACCUGCUGCAGUGCCUUCCCGUGACCUCCUCAGACGCGUACGUCGCGGGCCAGCUUCCCGAGAGCGCCACCGACGGCGCCGCCGCGACAGCAUGGCAGCCCAAAGACGGCAACGCCAGCGCCAGCAUCUGGGUCAACACGACGGGCGUGCCGCCGCAAAAGGUGCGCGGGCUGUGGUUCGACUUCGGGGAGCGGCCCGUCGCGAACCUGAGCGUGUGGUUCUUCAACGAGACGAGCGACCGGGUCGACGAGGGCCCCGUGGUGAGCUACGACUCCGUGAGCGCGAACCGGCAGGAGGCCGGGCCGGAGACGGUGCUGCCCGUGCAGGGCAACACGACGAGCAUAGCGCUCGCGGAGAGCCUGGACGUGUGGACGGGCGAGUGGGUGAAGCUGACGGUGCAGGGGUGCGCGGGCUGCGACGAGAGCGAGGGGGCGGGCACGGGCGGCACGGUGGCUGAGUUUGUGGUGUACUGA